CGCCUUGAACGCAAGAGCGGCGCUUUAAAAUGUUACGCAAUCACAUCUUGUCCAAUGAGAGCAGAGCUUUCGCUUGCGCUGUCGCGAGGCCUGGACUGUGACGAACCGGCUGCACAGCGAUGAACUCUCUGGAACAAGCGGAAGAUCUGAAGGCUUUUGAGAGGAGAUUAACAGAGUAUGUAUCCUGUCUGCAGCCAGCUACAGGCCGGUGGCGAAUGAUUCUGAUUGUGGUGUCAGUUUGCACAGCGACUGGAGCUUGGAACUGGUUAAUAGAUCCAGACACACAAAAGGUUUCAUUCUUUUCAUCUUUAUGGAAUCAUCCAUUUUUCACCAUAAGCUGCAUCACUCUUAUCGGCUUGUUCUUUGCUGGAAUACACAAACGUGUCGUUGCGCCAUCGAUUAUUGCUGCACGCUGCCGGACAGUGCUAGCAGAAUACAACAUGUCCUGUGAUGAUACAGGAAACUUAUCCUAAAGCCACGGCCUCACAUCCAGUAGCUGAUCUGAAGUUGAAUGGUCCCCCCAACCAAUAAUCCAGUUUUGUUUGAAGAAUAUGACUGCUACUGUUUUAAAGUCCUUCCUUGUACACACACACACACACACACACACACACACACACACACACACACACACACGUUUUACUUAACACCAUACAUUAAGUGUCUGUAUUUCUAACACUUCUUUUAUUGUGUACCCUGUGGGAAGUGUUUGCUAUUUUAAGCAAAUGGAUUAAAACAAUGAUUAUUAAAUACAUAGAUCUCUUAAAUAGAGAACUUUAUAUCUGAAAGAGACUCAUGAUCAGCAGGUUUUGUAUAACUACAUCUCAACAGAUAAGAGUCUUUUAAAUUGUAGAUAUGAUUCUCUGAAUUUGAUUUUAUGCAUGUAUACAUUAUUUAAACCAGACGUGCUGCUUUGUUUUCUAUAUUUGUAGAUUUUGAAAGAAUUUUUCCGAUAUCAAUAAUAAAACGGCUCCCUUUUUGUGA